UGCCAUUCCAGACUGAACAAGGAAAAUUCUGGAAUACAACACGGCAGCAAGUGGUUGAACUCUGUACUGGAUCUACGACAAACAGAUUGAGUUUUAACAAGUUAUUGCUUCAAGGCAAACAUGGUCAAAGAAACGGUCUUUUAUGACACGUUGGGUGUAAAGCCUAGUGCCACACCAGAAGAGCUGAAAAAGGCCUACCGAAAACAAGCCUUGAAAUACCACCCUGACAAAAAUCCUUCAGAGGGAGAGAGGUUCAAACGGAUCUCCCAGGCAUAUGAAGUGCUGUCAGACCCCCAGAAGCGUGAAGUGUAUGACCGUGGAGGUGAAAAGGCUAUAAAGGAAGGAGGAAAUAGUGGUGGUGGUGGUGGUGGUGGAGGGGGCUUUGCAUCUCCAAUGGAUAUCUUUGAUAUGUUUUUUGGAGGUAGUGAGUGGAUGUACGGGGAAAUAAAAGGGAAGAAUGUUGUUCAUCAGCUUACAGUGUCCUUAGAUGACCUUUAUAAUGGAGCUACAAGAAAACUUGCUGUCCAGAAGAAUGCUAUUUGUGAGGUGUGUGAAGGUCGCGGGGGUUGGAAAGGAGCUGUGGAGAUGUGCAUGUACUGUCACGGUACAGGAACACAGAUCCGCUUGCAACAACUUGCACCAGGUAUGAUCAAACAAGUGCACACCUUGUGUCACAGCUGCCAGGGCCAAGGAAAGCGCUUCAGUCAUAAGGACUGCUGUAAAUCUUGUGGUGGUCGGAAAAUAAUGCGGCAGAAGAAUAUCUUAGAGGUCCACAUUGACAAAGGAAUGAAGGAUGGCCAGAAGAUUGUUUUCCAUGGAGAGGGAGACCAGGAGCCGGGACUUGAGCCGGGAGAUAUUAUCAUUGUCCUUGACCAGAGAGAACAUCAUGUUUUUACUAGGCAAGGCCAGGACCUGAUCAUGACCAUGGAUUUGCAGCUGGUCGAGGCUCUUUGUGGUUUUCAGAAGCCUAUUCAAACACUGGACAACAGAACCCUCCUCAUCACCUCUCAUCCAGGGGAUUUGAUCAAGCCUGGAGACAAGAAAUGCGUCCUGAAUGAAGGAAUGCCCAUGCAUCGUAGGCCUUUUGAGAAGGGACGUCUUAUUAUUCAUUUUUCGGUGUUGUUCCCGCAAGCCAACUUUCUUCCAAAACACAAGCUGAAAGAGCUGGAGGGGUAUCUCCCUGUGAAGAUGGAGGCGGAGCAGCCAGAGAGCAUGGACGAUGACCUCUAUAUCUAUGCCGACCUGGAGGACUGUGACUUUGAAAACAGAAAACGACGUAACCAUCAGCACUACUACAUGGAGGAAGAUGACUAUGCAACUGCCGGGGGUGUCCAGUGCCAGACCUCUUAAACAUGGUUACCUGAUCUCUUCCACUUAUUUCCCCAUCCCUGAACCCAAACCCUCGUCUUGAACAGAGUACCUUUUUUUUGCCAAUUUAUGUUGUGUUGAAAUGGUGUGUCGAGCCGCAUAUUUGGAACAGUGACCAAAGGCCCGCCAGAUGCUUCUAAUGCUGUGAUCAGGCCCUUCAAUGAAGUGAAUGAAUUUUUUUUUAUUAUUAUUAUAUAUUAUUUUAAACAUCACCAUUCAACUGUCUGAAGUGCUCAGACUUCAAGACAAGGGCUUUUGAUGUUGUGUUCUGAGGAUAACUGACUUUCAAAUGUCUAAUCAGACUGAUUUUGACAGUUAUUCUUGAUAUGAUGCCAAUUAAAAGAAUUGUUUACAGUGUAGCCCAAUUAACAAUGUAUUUGAACCACCUGUUCUCCUAUGAUGAAUGGUGAAGUUCAUUGCUUGUAAGGACGAUGCUCUGCAGUCGGUGUUCAUAAGCAGUGGGACUGAAGUUUGACAUUUGUGCCAUUGUAUGCUUUUGGGGCUGUUACUUAGAGGAAAAUGUGAAAAUAUCAGCUUAUGGUGACUUGGCUGAAGCAGUAAGGUACUGAUUUCAAAGCAAUUUGUAGAUGAUCAUUAAUGUUUCUGUAAUAUAUUUCUGGAGUUGAACAUUUUAUUUUGUUUCUGCAUUGAUGUUUGCAUUCUCAAAAAAAAUUCAAAAACAUUUUUUCAGCUAUAGAAAGUUUAAAAUAAGAAUCAGCUGAAAAGCUCUAAUAACCUGCUGCCACUGAACUUUCUUAAUGAUCCACUGCCUUCAUGGCAAAUAUGUCCUUGUCCAUUUUAAAGAGACGCUUUCCUGCUCACAGUGCAUUGCUUUUAUAAGUUUGGCAGCAGUUAUAUGAAAACAAGUGGGAAAAAUCGGGGCUGUCUGCGAAAAUUUACAACUCAUGAACUCAUAAAAAUAUUUCAUGUCGCAAAAAAAAGGAGUUGCAUCAAACUCCAUUAAAGCCAGACAAGUUUCUCCCUCUGGCAAUUUUAAUUGUUCAGAUUUACUUCUGGACUUUGGUUCAGAUCUGUUUGAUAAGUUGUACUGUCACCUUGUUGACAGGGCUGCCAUGCUCUGGAAAAUCUUUGAGCUGGAACUUCGUCUCUGUCCAUAAAUGCCAAAGGGUAGAGGGGGAAAACCUUCCAUUCCCACACUUGAUACCUCACUGAAGUGUCAAUCUGACCUUAAGCCUUAACUUUAACAUGGAUUUGGAAGCUGUUAAUUUAUUCUGCAUUCCACUUGAAACUCAAGACCUAUGAUUUUCACAAGGAAGACUGGUCCAAUGAGUUCAGCAUUCUUGUGAGAAGAUGCAUAUGUGUUAGUAUUGGUAGUGACAGUGGAACUAAUUAACAAAAAAAGACUUAAGAAAUGUGUUGUAAAGAGUUUAAUUUGUGUCUGCAUAUGGGUAUCAACUUACAUUUUU